AUGAAGAAUGGUGUCAAAGGGAGAGCCAGUUCGGAGUUGAGUAUCAAGCCUUCGCCUAUAACGAGUCCAUGGUUGGCCGAAAAGCUCGAACAAGCUCAGCAAGCUAGUUUAGAGUCAAUAAGGAACAGCACCUACAGCAACAUGAAGGCGAUAGCUGAAAGGCGCAAAAGCUUCAGUUACGGCUAUGAGCAAAAUUCAAUCUGUUCGAUGCCGUUUCAGAUACGGCAACUCCAAGAAUCCGUCGAUAGACCUCCAAAGGGGAUAGAGACGGCAGACCUAGCAGAGUUUAAUGCUAUUCAACCUCAAUGGGACAUCAUUGAUGGCCGUUCCAUCACCAAGGAACGUCGCCCAACAGCUAGAGCUCUCGGCGCCAGUGCUGAACGAGUCUCGCCAGCUGUCCUGCCACGUAUUGGGGUUGUCGUCACCACAUACAUCAACGUGCUACAAGAACCUCUUAUCAUGGAUUUCGACGCCGACAGUCGUGGUAAACGAGGAAAUGUCUAA